AGCAUCGGUGUCUGCCAGCGUGCGUCUGUGUGUGUCCAUCUGUAUCUGUGCCUUCAUGCAUUUGUGUACUUAUGUGGUUUAAACACAACAAGGAUUAGCAGUAGACGCAAGGGACACAAACACAGUUUUGGACUGUUACACUUCCUGAUUCCUCUGCCUUGUCAUGGUCACCAGCUCUACCCACAAUGCCUGUGUUUUACUCACCUGUUCCCGAGAACCUGCAGUUGGGUCUGGCCUACAUGGGAGGCUCUGUGUUCACCAACAACAGGACAGCAGACAGCGACUUCACCAGGGAGCAGGAGGACGCCUCUGUGGUCAACGAGUUGGUUUCCCACCUUCCCCUGCAGAUGCUGCUGUACUUCAACAUGUUUUAUUUCCCCUGCUGGUGGUUUUCUGCUGUUUUCAUGUUGGAAGUAAAGUUCUAUUAUCUUCCCGGGUACUACCAGGCUCUGCUCAUAACUGGGAUGAUCCUCCUCACAGUCAUUGAAGUGGUCCGACUUUAUCUGGGCUACAUUGGCAACCUUAAAGAAAAGAUGCCAGAGCUGGCAGCCUUCUGGAUUCUGUCUUUCAUGUUCCAGCUGCCAGUGCUGCUGUUCUUCCUGACCGAUGAAGGAAUUAUCAUCCUGCCUCUAGAGAGAGCCGUCCACUCUCUCUACCUCCUCUUCCUGCUAGCCCAGAUCCUGGCCUCCUUCCUGGCACUUAGGACAAUGACACGAAAGCUCACCUUGCUCUUCCAUCUGCGCCAGUUUGGCAAAGUGGAGAGCUUCCACCAUGCAGGGCUGAGCCCUGUCUACGAAAUGAAGCCACAUAAAGUCUGACCAUGGAAAUUAUUUUCUACCCAGGGGCCACUAGUAGAUUCCUGGGGAGAGAGCAGCUUCAAUUCAAUUAAAACUGGAAGUUCGGUGACUCCUGAUCCAAUCAAGCUCUUGGCUCCAGUCCAUGACCAUGACGUGAAUGAUAAUGCCACUGAAGACAAUUGCAGAGACAGACAGAAACAUGAC